AUGCUGUCCCGCCGAAUCGCAGCCAAGGCGUCCCCGCUGCGGUCGACAACGGCUACUGUCGCGGCGCGCCGGCUCCCAAUUGUCCAGCAACGGACCUUCCUACCUCCGUACAACCAGAACGUCGACGAGAGAUAUCCUGCCUACCCCAACCUGACCGAUGUCGAGGAUCCAAACAUGAACGGAGGCUACGUGCAGCCCGCCCCAGUCAAGCGACAGUUCCGCGACCCCCACGGCGACUGGUGGGACAAGCAGGAGCGGAGGAACUACGGCGAACCCUGCCACGAGGACUACGACCAGCUGGGCAUCUUCACGCCGCACGAGUACACCUGGGUCAGCCCACGCAGGGGCCUCGUCCAGAUCGCAGCCUUCAUCGCCACCUUCCUGAGCGUCUGCUACGUGGCCAAGGCGACAUACCCGGACCGGCCAUCGUUCCCGCGCGAGUUUGAAGACGGGCUGCAGCGAGAGCUCGGGGGCGCGGGCGUAACGAGGGCGAGAUCACCAGAGGAUCCGGAGCCAUUCCAGGCGGAGGAGCUAGACUAG